AUGGCCACCCCAAGGUGCUUCCCGGCAUCCCCUAGCCGAAACACGGCUCUAGCUAUGCCCAAACUGCGAGACAGUUGCAACCGUUGUGCCGCAUCUAAGCUGAAGUGUAGCAAGGACAAACCAACUUGCGCUCGCUGCGCGAAACGAGGAAUGCUCUGUGAGUAUUUUUUGACUAAACGUGCCGGACGAAAACAAGGAAGUCGAACGCGCAAUCGAGUUCUACUUUCUCCCAGUUCUGCUCCCCCGCUUCCUCCUAUUUCUCCUCCAGUGGCUCCAGAUAUUUCCACAGUGGUGUCUAGUUGGACAACACUUUUAUCAGAGCCCAAUUCAACAAAUUCAACCUCUAUACCAAACCCUUUGAGUCAUGCAAACAUAAGUUCUUCCAUCUUCUCAUUGAGCAAUCCAACGAUAUCGACGCCCACCACCAGUUUGGAUUACUUGAACUUUGAUUUCGAUGAUUUUCCUGUUUCCCCGGUUUCAUUUUCUAUGUUAGAAUUGCCUGAUAUGGGCGAGAUACCUGAAGCCGGUCAAUUUGAGGCGCAGAACCACAAUUCCAUCGACUUUACUGAAACAGCAAUACCCGCUGCCACGGACGACAGUUUUCCUGCAUUUGUUGAAGCUGCCACACCCCAAGGGCUUCUGUUGCCGUCAUCAGCAGCAUCACAAGGCUGGUCUGAUAGCCGCCCGCUUUCUAUUGAUGACGAUGAUUCGGGGCUAACAUGCAACUUUGUACGUGCGCUUGACCUCUUGAGAAAACUUUCCUCCCCAAUGGCACACUCUUGUUCGCUGUCGCAUGAAGGGCAAGCUUUCGAAAUCAACACCGAAAUUUACCCGUUACCAAGGGCUCAAUCGAAGAUAGCCACAAUUGAAAAAAGUGUGCAGACUAUCAGUGAUAUACUACAAUGUCAGUGCUCAGACGAUGAAUAUCUUCUGGCAAUUCUAUCAAUCAUAACCCUCAAGAUUCUGACCUCGUAUACGGCAAUCGUACGACAGCAAACGGCAAGUCGUAUGGAAGAUGACCAAAUUAUGUAUUCUCACAGGAGAGAAUCGUUUGAUAAUAACCAUUCAUUCCACCUUCGACACGGAAAGGGUCUACCAAACUUUUUACCCAAUUUCGCAGCAACCGAUGUUGCCUACGGCGCUGAAAGUGAGGAUCAAAACGGCAGUAUGAUCUCACGGAAUAUUCUCAGCCAGCUUCAUCGCGUGCAGCGGCUGGUGAAUAUCCUGUGUCAGCGCUUUAAAAAGAGCGGUCAGAGUAGUAGAUGUGAGGGACGACCGAAGAGCUUUUCUUCUUGCUCGUCGGGGCCAUCUAACAAUAGAUUAGACGCAUUGUCCUUUUCGUACAGUGAUAACUUAUUCUCACUUUCCGGGUCUUUAUUAGAUCAGAUGGAGGUUGAUAUGCGCACACGUCUUCGUAAUUUAGCAGCAGAAAUUGUGGAUAUACUGCGCUGAGGGAGAGAUGAUAUAUGUGGUGUACU